AUGUCGAGUCUGGGGCAGCCGGGUCACAGCAGCCAUCCCGGCCUUGCCUUUCCCCAGCCAGGCAUUCGACGCAGCCACGGCGGCCCAGGCUUCCCGCCUCUACACGCGAAUCCCGCCCAGCAGAAACCAUCACCGGGCCCUCAUAACGCGUCGCCUUACCAACAAGCAUACACUCCUCAACAGCCUCCUCAGGCUCAGUAUCCCCAUCAUCUCUUCCAGACCCCUACCCCCGUCAAUGGCAACGUCAACGCGAACUCGCGCCCGACGAGUCACGUUCCCAAUGCCGCCGCCCUUGGCCGUCAGAGGGUGCCUCCCCAGAGGCAGCAAAUGCCCCAAAACGCGCCUUCCAUGUUUCUUCCUCUGGGCAACCAGCAAGGUAUUGGGCAGCAGCAGGCCCUCGGGCAACAACAGAGUCUAGGACAACCGCAGGGUCUCGGAGCCCAGCAGAGCCUCGGCCAUCAACAGAGCCUCGCUCAGCAGCAGGGCCUCGGUCAACACCAAGGCCUUGGACAGCAGCAGGCUCUGGGCCAGCAGCAAAGCUUGAGUCAACAGCAGGGCCUUGGACAACAGCAAGGCUUGGGCCAGCAGCAUCAGCACCAGCAACAUCAACAUCAACAGCAUCAGGCGCACCAACAACAACACCAACAUCAGCACCAGCAGCACCAGCAGCAGCAGCAGCAGCAGCAACAGCAUCAGCAGCAGCACCAGCAGCAGCAACAGCAUCAGCAGCAGCAUCAGCAGCAGCAUCAGCAACAGCAGCAGCAGCAGCAGCAGCAGCAACAGCAACAACAACAGCAGCAGCAGCAUCAACAGCAGACUCUGGGCCAACAGCAGACGCUUAGCCAGCAGCAGCAAAAUCUCGCGCAGCAACACCAGCAGCAGACCCUAACUCAACAACAAAAACUGAAUCAACAACACAGUCUUCACCAGCAACAACAGAACUUGAAUCAGCAGCAAAUCAAGAACGAACCGAUCCUCUCCCACCAGGCCCAGGCACAGCCUCAACCCCAACCCCAGCAGACUCUGUCCCAGCCUACCCCUCCCGCGGUACAGCAGCAACUCCCGCAGGCUCCUCAAGUCCAGCAGAUACAGCAGGUUCCGCAACAAGUUCAGCAAGUCCAGCAGGCUCAACAAGUGCCGCAGGCCUCCCCAGUUCAGCAGCAGGUGCAGCAGCCAGCCCAGCCUCGGCCUGAGACGCCAGCCCAGGCUAGCGAGCACCAUGGGGACAGCAUGGAAGUUGAAACCUUGGCCGAGGGUGACGACUCCCUCGAGCCCAAGAUGCUCGACGGGACGCCUUUCGUUCCUAGGACACCCAUGGGGGAGAUGAUGUCCGCACCUCCGGAGGGAGGCAGUUUCCCGACCCUCGAGGCGGUCCACAAGAGUGUUCUCGCGUAUUGCACAUCGGUUGGCUACGCGAUUGUCAUCGGGCGCUCCAAGAAGACGGUUCCUGGCCUCAAGAAGGUUCUGUUUGUGUGCGACAGAGCGGGCAAGCCGCCGAGUCGCGUCAGCCCGGAAUUCCGCAAGCGCAAGACAUCGUCGCGCAAAUGCGACUGCCAAUUCGGUUUCUUUGCCAUUGAGCAGCGAACCCAGUGGACGAUCCGAUACCGACCCGACCCGCAGCAUCUGCAGCACAACCACGGGCCGAGCGAAAGCCCGCUGCUCCACCCAGCCGCUCGCAAGCUAGACAGCAAGAUGGUCGCCGCCGUCAAGGCUCUCAAAGAGAAUGGUGAGCCGACAAAGACCACACCACGAGAAAGAGCAGCCGCUGACUCUUCGACAGGGGUUAGUGUGAACGAGACACUGGAAAUACUCCAAAACGAAAACCCUCACGUUCCCCUACUUCCCCGCGACAUCUACAACGCCCGGGCUGCGAUCAACCGGAAUCCACAAAAGGUGGCCACUGGCCUGGCCGAAAACCGACCAGCGAUCUACAGCAAACCACACCCCACGGCUGAAGAGCGCAUUCGGGCGGAUCUGAGGAAGGAACUCGCCAAAGCCCGCGAGGAGUUUGACAAGUUCAAGGAGGACAAGCAAAAGGAGGUGGAAGAGCUGAAGAAGAAGCUUGUCGAGAAGGACCAAAUCAUUGAGAGGUUCGAGAUGUUCAUCGACAUAUGCAACCAGCGUGUCAUGGUCCAACGAGAAAGGCUCGGCGGCCCUGAGGGGGCCGGCAACAACGGCACUUGA